UCCCAACGAGGCGGAGUUUCGUCUCUAACGGCCUCUCCGAUUGGUCAGACGCUCGUGCCCCUCAGUCACGUGAGCUCGAGACGAGGCUUGAAUGGGUUUUCAGGAAGCUUGAUUCGCUGUCUUGUGUAUUUUAAGUGUUUGGUUCGUUUGAUGUGUGUGUUAUGGAUGUUCGGGUGUGUGGGAUGUUCAGCGCCGCGGUUCUGAUCCGUUUAGUUCUGCUGUUCUUCGGCGUUUAUCAGGAUCAGAAUCUGCAGCUCAAAUACACUGAUGUGGAUUAUCACGUGUUCACUGACGCUUCCAGAUUCAUCACACAGGGCGAGAGUCCGUACAGCAGAUCCACGUUCCGCUACACGCCUCUGCUGGCGCUGAUCCUGACUCCCAACGUCCUGCUGACCGCUCACUUCGGGAAGCUUCUGUUCGUGGCCUGCGAUCUUCUGUCCGGGCUGCUGGUCCUGCGGCUGCUGGCUCUCCGUGGAGCGUCUCACAGCACGGCCUGUGUUUGCUGCGGCCUGUGGCUGCUGAACCCGCUGCCCAUCGGCGUGUCGACGCGCGGGAACGCAGAGUCUCUGCUGGCUGUGCUGGUUCUGUCCACGCUGUUGUGUCUGGAGUCCAGGAGACGGACAUCCGCUGCAAUCCUGUUCGGCCUGUCCGUCCACAUGAAGAUCUACCCUGUCACCUACGCGCUACCCAUUGCGCUUUCUCUGGCCGAGGCCCCGUCCCGGAAGCGAGGACUGAUCCAGAACCUCAGCCGGUGCUUCAGCAAGGAUCUGCUGCUGUUUGCUGCUGUUUCUGGAUCUGUGUUCCUGGCUCUGAACGUGACGUUCUACUGCAUUUACGGAUGGGAUUUCCUCCACGAGUCGUAUCUGUACCACGUGACGCGCAGAGACAUCCGGCACAACUUCUCUCCGUAUUUCUACCUGCUGUACCUGACGGCGGAGCGGAGCUGGAGCGGGAGUCUGGCGCUCGUCUGCUUCCUGCCACAGCUGCUCCUGCUGCUGCUCUCAUCGCUGGCCUUCCGCUCCGACCUGCCCUUCUGCUGCUUCCUUCACACCGCCAUCUUCGUCAGCUUCAACAAAGUCUGCACGUCACAGUAUUUUCUGUGGUAUCUCUGUUUGCUGCCGCUGGUUUUGCCUCGUUUGACCCUGAGCUUGAGGCGAGGCUUCGGGCUGCUGCUGCUGUGGUUUGUGGGUCAGGCGCUCUGGUUAUCGCCAGCUUAUUACCUGGAGUUCGAGGGCUGGAACAGUUUUGCUCUCCUCUGGAUGGCCGGUCUGCUGUUUCUCCUGAUAAACUCUCUCAUACUGGGACAAAUAAUCUGCCAUUACAGACCCGUAGAAGCUCAGCAGAAGAAAACAGACUGACAGACAUGUGCGAGAACAGAAGAGCUUCAGCAUGAGAAUGUUUUCACUGUACAUAAUCUGGCAACCAAAUGAUGCUAGCGCAGCGAUCACAUGUACAGAUGUAAAGGAGGGUUUCUUGCAUGUAUUUUUUAUGCAGAUGCUGUCUGUUAGAAACUCUAAUGGUGGAUGGGAUGAUUCAGACCAGUAGAUGUCGCCCAACAGCAGAUCAUGAGAGAUCCACGGCACAGUCUGAUUAUCUGACAGACACUUUAAGUGCUGGAUGUCUAAAAACUUUACAUUCAAUAGAGAGUCAGUCACUGUCAGAGAUGAGCUGGGGAGGACGUUUACUGGACUUACAUUUCAGAUUUUUAAUAGGUGUUUGCAGGUCACAUCUUACUGUGUGUGUAAGUGAAGCUCCGCCCUGCCUGAUGAUGUCAUCACCAAUAGGAAUGAGUGUUGACUGGCAGUAGGCGGGGCAUCUGAGAAAAGCAGCUCAAUUCAAACAAGAUUCGCUGCUCAACGUCACUUGAGAUGAAGGAGUCUCUGCUGUUUGUCCUGUUCGAUCAGGGUUAAACUGGAUUAAACCAUCUUCUCCUGCUGUGACCAGUCUAACUCACACUUGGUCUAGUUUGUGUCAUUAUAUUAGAACUGUGUUUUAAGCUUGAAAUAUCUUCUCUGGUGGACAUUUUUCCAAAAUACUGGGCACAACUUUAAACCAAAAAAAAUAAUAUAAAAUGUGAAUCACAA